UCUCUCUCUCUCUCUCUCUCUCUCUCUUCAUCUAUCUUCUUACAUUAUCUAUAUCUCAAUGGGAUCAAACUCGGUGGCCACUCUCUUCCUUGUCCUAGCGGCAGUCGUCCCUUCCAUCUUGGCCGUGACAUUCCAGGUCGGAGAUACUGCUGGUUGGAACAGUGUUGUUGAUUACACGACUUGGGCUAGUGGAAAGACUUUCAGAGUCGGUGACACUCUAGAGUUCCAAUAUGAUCCCUCACACUCGGUGUCAGUGGUGGAUAAAGCUGGAUUCGAUGGUUGCGACAGCACUGGAGAAACACAGAGCUUUUCCGGCGGAGACACUAAGAUCAAUCUUACAACAGUGGGAACUAUGUAUUUCCUUUGCCCUAGUCCUGGUCACUGCCUAGGUGGCAUGAAACUCGCUGUUUCAGUCCUCGCCACCGCUGCAUCUCCGACCACACCUUCUCCACGGCCUUCGCCUCGAACUCCACGUAAAACACCGCCUCCAACUGCUUCCCCGCCGGCCAACGGUACGCCGGAUUCAGAAUCAUUGACUCCUUCUCCGUCUCCGUCAACGCCUUCGCUGUCUACAUCGAGAUCACCCUCUGCAUCGCCGCCAAAUGCAGCGCCGUCGUCUAAAGGAGUCAUAAACUAUGGAGUGAUUGGGAUGACGAUGGUGUUGAUGUACGGUGUUAUGAGCUAAUUAGAGAGGAUAAUUAAUUAAUAUUGGAGACAAAACUUUUUUUCUCUCUAUGUGUUUUGUUUGGUUUUGGUCGUUGGAAUUACUACAAUAGUACAAUACAAGCUCAUCUCGUGUGUUACUAAAUUAUUUUUUUUUCUUUUCUUUUCUUUUUUGGUGUAUCUGGUCAUGGUCGUAGCGCAGUAUUAUCAUUAUUAUCUUGAUUUACAUAUAUGAUUAGCGAGUA